AUGGGUUGGGUGGAGAAGACGAAUAUGACCGUGGCGAAGAGCGCCGUUGGAAGACGGUUUAGACUGGAAUUUUCUGGGCAUAGGUACGAGAGAAAAGGCUCUAGGUUCUUGACAGAAGUGAGAGCUGGUCUUGCCACGUUCUUUGCUAUGGCAUACAUCAUCUCAGUAAAUUCAUCGAUCGUAUCAGCUACCGGAGGAACAUGUGUAUGCGACUACCCUCCUGGAUCUACGGAUCCCUUCUGCUUAGACAGUUCAACGGAUCCUAGUUACCAAAUAUGUGUUCAGGAAAUCAACCAGGAUUUAGUCACAGGCACGGCAGCGAUAUCUGCACUGACGAGUUUUUGCAUGGGUGUUUUCGCCAACAUGCCGAUAGCGCUGGCCCCCGGAAUGGGCUUAAAUGCAUAUUUUGCUUAUCAAGUUGUUGGAAUACAUGGACAAGGACCUGUCUCAUAUAGACUCGCAUUAACAGCCGUAUUCAUCGAAGGAUUACUCUUUGUCGCCCUCUCGAUACUCGGGCUCAGACAAUGGCUUGCGCGCGCAAUACCUCGAAGCUUGAAGAUAGCCAGCGGUGCAGGUAUUGGACUUUACCUCGCUCUCAUCGGACUCACUUAUAGUGCGGGAAUUGGUGCUAUCACGGGCAGUAAUUCCGAUGUACCUCUUCAAGUAACUGGCUGUAUACCCGAGCUUAUUGCUCCAGAUGGAACUUGUACAUCUGGCAAAAUGCGAAGUCCGACAAUGUGGCUUGGCAUAUUCGGUGGGGGGAUGUUCACAGCGUUUCUCAUGAUGUACCGCGUCAAAGGUGCAGUCAUAGCCGGGAUUCUCCUCGUCUCUAUCGUUUCGUGGCCGCGCAAUACUUCCGUUACUUAUUUUCCCCCUACUGUUUCUGGCGAUGCGGCAUUCGAGUUCUUUAAGAAAAUCGUCACCUUCCAUCCCAUUUCUAGAGUGCUAGCUGUGCAAGAUUGGAAUAUCACUGGAGCUGGAGCUGGACAAUUUGCAUCCGCACUCAUAACUUUCCUUUACGUCGAUAUCCUUGAUUGUACCGGCACCUUGUAUUCGAUGGCUCGGUUUUGUGGAGCCAUCGAUGAAGAUACGCAGGAUUUUGAAGGUAGCGCCGUAGCCUAUCUCGUCGAUGCCUUUGGCAUAUCUCUUGGUUCCUUUGUGGGCUCGCCUCCUGUCACUGCAUUUAUCGAAUCGGGUGCUGGUAUAUCAGAAGGAGGUGUGACAGGACUCACGGCCGUCACUACUGGGUUUUGCUUCUUCAUCAGUCUUUUCUUCGCGCCAAUAUUCGCUAGUAUACCUCCUUGGGCCACAGGCUGUACUUUGAUACUCGUGGGAGCGAUGAUGGCACGCGCGUGUACAGAGAUCAAUUGGCGGUACCUUGGAGAUUCUAUUCCGGCUUUCUUGACGCUGGCAAUUAUGCCUUUUACGUAUUCGAUCGCUUACGGACUUAUUACUGGAAUCGUUACGUAUACAUUACUUAAUACAUCGGCAUGGGUAUUGGCGAAAAUGUCAGGAGGAAGAAUCAUGCCACACGACUACGAAUUAAAAGAUUACUGGACAUACAAAGUUCGCGGUGGGUUGCUGCCUGGCUGGGUACGCAGGGCCACAAGGGGAAAGAGAGAUUUUUGGCGCGAGUGGGAUUUUGAUGCGGAGGUGGGGGAUAAAGUCGAGAGUGUGAGGGGACAUAAGACGAGGGGGAGUGUAGCGAAAAGUCAUAAGAGCUCGAAGAGUCAUGAUGUGCAUGUGAGGCAAAAGGAAAAUAGUAGAAUGCCCAGUGUGAAUAUGAAUGGGCAUGGAGAGCGAACGUGGGAGAUGCCCGAGAUGGCGUUUCCGAAGAAUGUUGUGGUAGGGAUUGGGAAGCGAUUGGAGGAGAGGAGAGGAGGGAAAGUAUGA